UUGGCGUCCCGAGGCAUCGGUGCCACUACCGGGCCGGCCGCGGCUCUCCCACCCCUGCCGCGGGUGUGAGUGGGCCGGGGCCGGGCCGCAGCCAGGCGCGGGAGCCGGAGGAGUCACGCGCCCUAAUCGCUGCCCAGGUUGGGCCCGACAGCCCUGCGGGGCCGCCUCGUCGUCCAGAUCCGAGCGGCGAAAUUCCCACAUUUCCUCAAUAAGAAGAGGAUAAGACAGCAAGUGCUAAGGAUGAGGAAAGAAAAUAGGCCAGUUGUGCUUUCUGGACUCUUCUGGGCCUGAAGUUUCAGGAUGCUCUCUUAAAGGAUUUUAGAAGAGGAAGGAUUUUUUAAUGGCUUUUCAGAAUCUUGAAUACAGUUUGACAUGACAGCAAAAAAUGUUGGUUUGACUGCCACAAAUGCAGAACUAAGAGGAUUUAUAGAUCAGAAUCUCAGUCCAACAAAAGGUAACAUUUCUUUUGUCGCAUUUCCAGUUUCCAGCAGCAACUCGCCAACAAAAAUUUUACCAAAAACCUUAGGACCAAUAAAUGUGAAUGUUGGACCCCAAAUGAUUAUAAGCACACCACAGAGACUAACCAGUUCAGGAAGUGUUCUGAUUGGGAGUCCGUAUACCCCUGCACCAGCAAUGGUUACUCAGACACACAUAGCAGAAGCUACUGGCUGGGUCCCAGGUGAUAGAAAACGGACUAGAGAAUUUAUAGACUCUGAUUUUUCAGAAAGUAAACGAAGCAAAAAAGGAGAUAAAAAUGGAAAAGGCUUGAGACAUUUUUCAAUGAAGGUGUGUGAGAAAGUUCAACGGAAAGGAACAACAUCAUAUAAUGAAGUAGCUGAUGAGCUGGUAUCAGAGUUCACCAAUUCAAAUAACCAUUUAGCAGCCGAUUCGCAGGCUUAUGAUCAGAAGAACAUUAGGAGAAGAGUUUAUGAUGCUUUAAAUGUGCUGAUGGCAAUGAACAUAAUUUCAAAGGAAAAAAAAGAAAUCAAGUGGAUUGGCCUGCCUACUAAUUCUGCUCAGGAAUGUCAAAACUUGGAGAUAGAGAAGCAGAGACGGAUAGAACGGAUAAAGCAGAAGCGGGCUCAGCUGCAAGAACUUCUCCUGCAGCAAAUUGCUUUCAAAAACCUGGUACAGAGGAAUCGGCAAAAUGAACAGCAAAACCAGGGUCCUCCAGCUCUAAACUCCACCAUUCAGCUGCCAUUUAUAAUCAUCAAUACAAGCAGGAAAACAGUCAUAGAUUGCAGCAUCUCCAGUGACAAGUUUGAGUAUCUUUUUAAUUUUGACAACACCUUUGAGAUCCAUGAUGACAUAGAAGUACUAAAGCGGAUGGGAAUGUCCUUUGGCCUGGAGUCAGGCAAAUGCUCCCUGGAGGAUCUGAAACUUGCUAAAUCACUGGUGCCAAAGGCUUUAGAAGGUUACAUCACAGAUAUCUCCACAGGACCUUCUUGGUUAAAUCAGGGACUGCUUUUGAACUCUGCCCAGUCAGUUUCAAAUUUAGACCUGACCACUGGUGCCACCUUAUCCCAAUCAAGUGUAAACCAGGGGUUGUGCUUGGAUGCUGAAGUGGCCUUAGCAACCGGGCAGUUCCUUGCCCCAAACAGUCACCAGUCCAGCAGCGCGGCCUCGCACUGCUCAGAGUCCCGAGGCGAGACCCCGUGUUCAUUCAACGACGAAGACGAGGAAGAUGAGGAGGAGGAUUCCUCCUCCCCGGAAUAAAGACAGGAGAAAAACCCAUGUUACCGUAUUUGAAGCUUAUGUGUGUUUUUAGUGUGAGCUCUUGUUUCUUAAAUGAUUGCUUCAGUCUUUGCCCUUGUUUGCACUGUGCGUUCAGUGAAAACUAGAGAAACACAUAAGCAGAUUACAUGAAGGCCGAUGGUUGAGAUGAAUGUUAACAUAGUGGGAAUGAAAACUCUGAACAACAGAGUGGUGGGUUGCUAUGCAAACAAAGCCUGUUUUCUGAGUGAUAGAGGGGGGAUAAUCCCUGAAGAACGUGCCUCGGGAAUGAAGCUCUUUCAUCUUCUGCGAGGUGGAUCUCUGGAUUCCCCUACACCCAUGUAUGCCUCCUUGGAAUCGAGAGUGCUACAAGGAACUGCCCCUGGCGAUCAUGCUUCUCAUGUCUCUCUCCCCUGCCUGGGCUGCCUGUUACGGGCAGAAACAACCAUGAAAAGUUCCCGGGAGGGGUGAGGGUAGGGACACAGGGCAGAGUUGUACAGCGAAGGAUGUGGCUGGCAGUCCUUGCGGCCCACAGAGCACAGUUGGAGCUGCUGAACCAGUUGAGAGUCCAGGCAAGGUGCUUGAUGCACCAACUCCUGCAGCUUCUAGAAAGGAGCAAGCGCUUGUAAGUACUUUAGUGAAAAUUAGAAUAAUUUAUAGGAAAACUGAAAUUAUUAUUAGCCAGUGCUUUGGUGCAUAGAACUUACUAGGGCUAUUUCUGGAAGCCAAAAUAGGAUAGCAUUUCCAUGUGCAUUAAAUACUCUGCCAGCACUGCCUUUCGCCAGCAUUCUAAAUCUGGAAUUUUACAGGGAAGGAAACUGUUUUUGUCGCUUUAAUCAUGCAUUUCAUACAGCUUUUUCAUUUAAAUCAAAACAAAGAAACAAAUUCCUAUAACUGAACUGCUUGCCUGCAGUUCCCCACAGUAACUGUAUGAUUUCAUCCAGCGUGCAAUUUGUGAAACUGAACCAAAUGUCAUUAUUUUUGUCCUUUAAAGUUUAUUUCAAGAAUAUGAACAGCAAUGUUAUCCUGUAUAUGACCCCUUUCAUACGUUUUCAUUAAUCAAAAUGACAGUAUUUCGUUUGUUCCUGGGUAAAUUGCAUUUCAAACUAACCCAAUAUUCAGUGUGUCACAGAAACAUUGAAAAACGUUGACCACUCCAAAUGAUUGGCUUUAUGAUAUUGUAGCAUGUAGUCUAUUAUUUCAUAGCCAAAGAUGCUGUAGUAAUACUGCACUGGUGUGUUCACGAUCCCUGUGCCUCUGGAUGAAGGGUGUGGGGCCAUCUGCCUCCAUGGGCAAGCCCCGCCUCAUUGAACUGGGCUUCUUCCAAGGAAGUGGUUAGACUGUGACCUUUUAAAGGCACCGGGCACAUGCACCAGUCACAGGGAAAAGAUGAGCAUGAGUGCCAGCAAUCUUUUGUAAAUUAUUUUGAAUUAAAAAAAAAAAAAAAACUUAAAAAUUAAGGGUAUAACUUCCAUGAGUAGGUUAUCAGUUUUACAAUUAAUUUCACAUUAAAGUCUUGAAAAAGAGCAAAUAAUAAUAAUUUCACAUUAAAGUCUUGAAAAAGAGCAAAUAAUGCUGGAAAAAUUAACUCUAAAAUGUUGACUUGAAUCAUAAGGGUCUGUCCCUUGAUUAUGCAGCCAUCUAGCAUCCGAGCUGAGCACUGAGCUCAGCCCAGAUCUGUUCUCUUCUAAAUCCUGUGGGAGAAGUGCGGACUCUGUCCUAUGAUGCUGCUUUAAAGCCCUGCCAUUGUGCAUAUGGUGAGCUGGAGGUGAAAGCUUUGGCUGGCCUAAAAUUUUUAUUAAGGUUAUAAAAACUGAUGAACACACAACUUUUGUUUAAAGCUCCUUUGAAAGAGAACUCUCAUCUGCCAAGAAUAAGCUGUUAGUACAGGCUCAGUGUUCAGCGGGGCAGGGAGAUAUGGAGUUGGUUUGUAGAGAAUUCUGUUUUAGCGUGGGUUCUGGAGCACACCUCCCAGACUGGUCAGAGGAGUCAACACACUGCAGAGGCCACAGCAGGAGACGUUUCUUAGUGGAAAACCGUCAGCCACACAAAUCCAGUGAAAAAGAAUUUCCCACUAAGUCAUUGUGACAGGGGCUUCUUCCUCCUUUACUGACCCCAGCCCUUCUUAUCCUUGUACUUUGCAGCAGCAGGGACCUGGAGAGGCCAAGGGCCAUAGCUAGAUCUUACUUGUGAAAAUACUGUAUACUGCAGGUCCCAAGGAACAUUGCAACAUUCAUGACAGGUACAUUAAUUUUAACCAUUCCUCUACUAAAUAGCAAAAUCCUUGCUAGAGUUCUUGGGAAACCAUUCCCUUCUCUACUCUUCUCACCUCUGCAGCUAUAGAGUGCUUUAAAUUGAUAAAAUAUGGGCUUUAAAAAAAAAAAAAAAGGCAACCAAAGUCUCUUACUCCCAUUGGCGCCCAUCACUGGCCAUCCCAGCCACAGCUGGUGGUUUGGGGCAGUGGCCUCCACUUCCUCAGUAACGUGCUGUGGACAUCUGGGUCACACCAGCACUUGCUGCUGGUAUAAACCUUUCCAAAGCAAAAAAAAAAAAAAAAAAAAAAAAAGUUGAGGCGUUUGAAAAGCUGUUAUUCUUCUCCCCCUAAACUUAUUUACCUGAGUCUGAAGUUUAUCACUGUCACAAUUUCACAUAGGAAUUAAAGUAAAAAAAAAAAAAAGUUAGAAAAU